UCAUACGCCUUAGCUGUCCUUCAAGAGAAAAAGGCUUUUUUAUAGUUUUGAUUUAGUCGAUCGUGGUCUGUUGAACGGAGUGGACGUUCGCUUAUGCGUCAUUUUGAAGGGUAAACAAGUGUCAAUUAAAAGUGUGGAGUAAGUGUGAUUCCAGAGUUAAGUCGAAAUGUCGAACUUUGAAUAUUAUCUGCAAAGUAUUGCCGAUGAGAUACGUAAUCCCAACGACCCCAGCAAUUUGAACGAUUUUUAUGCCGUUAAGGAUUAUGUGUUGGACAUACUGCGCCUGCAGGACUCAUACUUUGGUCAAAUAUGCCAAAAUGAUAUAUUAUUUGGUAGUUUUGGCCAUAAAAUACGUAUCUACGAUGACGAUGAAAUGGAUGUUUUGAUGGAGCUACGCUUUCCGGCGUACAAUAGAAUCAAACGGGUGCUGGACAUUAAUCUGCCGGGCUUUACGUUUCUAGACUUUUCGCAGGCCUGCUUCGAUACUAUGAUAGACCGUUGCCUGGCCAACAAUAAGGCCCGGCUUCUGUGUCAGUCGAAGCUAAGGAGAUGGAUAAAUAAAAUUUUUACGAAUGCCUUGAACAACUAUGGUAAUGUGGUCCAAGGCGACUACGAGGACUACGAACUGAGCUACGUGUGGCGUGGAGAAACCUACACGAUCGAAGCGGUGUCACCCUGUCGCACCUCUUCCAUUGACUUUGUGCCGGCCGUAAAGUUUGUCGACUCAAAAGCUUUCUGUUGGCACGGAAUACCGAUGUUUUCGAGCAUUCCUGGCAAUAUGCAACAUUAUACAUUUAUGAUUAGCUAUUUCAAUUCAGAGAAAGGGCACUUGAAUUGUUGUGGGCAAACGUUGCGAGAUGUUUUGCGCCUGCUGCAGGCUUUACGAAAUUCCAAGAAAUUACUAAAGCUGCGCUGCACUCACUUUGUUAGCCUGGCCAUUUGGUUGGCCAGGCGUGUGGGCCACCAGACUAUAUUUCAUAUGUCAGUUAGUGAGCUCUUUUUGAUGCUGUUGUCCGACCUAUGUGAUGCCUUCUACGAUGGCCAUUUACGCUAUGUCUGGGACCCUGACAUGAAUCUCCUCAGCAACUUUAAGGCUAACCAGCUAUCCCAGUAUCAUGCCGAAUUAGUGCGUGCCUACAAUAUACUUUAUUCAUAUACGCAUCAGCCAACUCUAAGCUUUAAACGUUGCCUCAGCCACUUUACAUAGACAAAGCUAAAUAGGACAAAGCUUAUUUCGCGAUGAAAGAUUACAAUUUUUAUAUUGUAUAAUUUUUUAGUUUUGGUAUAAUCUCUGUUCGAUGUAUGUAAAUGUUUCUUUUAAUAAAAAAAUAAUUUUAGAUGUUGUUUUUAA